AUGGCUCUUCCUUCGGCAGCGACCAAUCUUCGGCGAGUACUGGCAGACCCCAAUGGUUUCGUGGUGGCCCCGGGUGUCUAUGAUGGCAUGUCCGCACGCUUGGCACUAGCAGCGGGAUUCGAUGCGCUGUACAUGACCGGCGCCGGCACCGCAGCUUCUGUCCAUGGACAGGCAGACCUGGGCAUCUGCACACUGAACGACAUGCGCAACAACGCAGAGAUGCUGGCGAAUCUCUCGCCCAGCACACCGCUCAUCGCAGAUGCCGACACCGGGUACGGCGGCCCAAUUAUGGUGGCCCGAACCACAGAGCAGUAUGCGCGCUCGGGAGUUGCGGCUUUUCAUAUCGAGGACCAGGUGCAGACCAAGCGCUGCGGUCACCUGUCAGGCAAGCUUCUUGUUGACCAGGAAACCUACAAGACUCGAAUCCGGGCGGCCGUGCAGGCUCGUCAACGACUGGGUAGCGAUAUCGUGGUGAUUGCACGCACGGAUGCAUUGCAGUCGCACGGGUAUGAAGAGAGCCUGGCACGACUACGGGCAGCGCGUGAUGCUGGCGCCGACGUGGGUUUCCUUGAAGGAAUGACGUCUCGCGAGAUGGCGCGCCAGGCGGUGCAGGACCUUGCGCCGUGGCCCUUGCUGCUAAAUAUGGUUGAACACGGGUCCACGCCAAACAUUUCGGCAGCGGAGGCGCGAGAGCUUGGGUUCCGCAUUAUCAUUUUCCCCUUUGCGACGAUUGGACCUGCGCUGACGGCGAUGCGCGAGGGGUUGGAGAAGUUGAAGAGAGAUGGAAUCCCAGGACUGGACAAGGAGUUGACGCCGCAGAUGCUCUUCCGGGUCUGUGGGCUGGACCAGAGUGUGCAGUUGGAUGCGGAGGCUGGCGGAAGCGCUUUCGAUGGCGGCGUCGACCUGGGCAAGAACUAA